ACUCAGUUCCCCGGUCAAAGGUGGAAGUUGAACCAGCAGCGCUCUCCUUACGUUUCUUACGUUAUCCCACAAUGGCUAAACAUCAUCCAGAUUUGAUUUUUUGCAGAAAACAAGCCGGUGUCGCUAUUGGGAGACUUUGUGAAAAAUGUGACGGUAAAUGUGUGAUCUGUGAUUCCUACGUGAGGCCGUGCACGCUGGUGAGGAUCUGUGAUGAGUGUAACUACGGCUCCUAUCAGGGGCGCUGCGUCAUCUGCGGAGGGCCCGGGGUGUCCGACGCCUACUACUGCAAAGAGUGCACCAUCCAGGAGAAAGAUCGAGACGGCUGUCCUAAGAUUGUGAACUUGGGCAGCUCGAAGACAGAUCUGUUUUAUGAACGGAAGAAGUACGGCUUCAAGAAGAGGUGAAGAACCCAAGACCCCGCCCGUCCAGUCCGUGUUUUAGUUUUUCAGCUUUUGCAGAAUUUUUUUCAUCUUCAAGAAACGUUUUUUUUUUUUGACUUGUCAAUAAAACUCUGUUUUAUAUUUC